CCGCAGGGUGGGGCUGCUGGCUCAUUUUGAGAGUCGUGGACACCCAAUGAGGUUUUAACUCUUUCUGUCUCGAUGCACUAGUUGCCUGUGCGUGUGCUCUCGGUGAGCGUAUGGACAGUGGGCUAAACAUUUCGUCGUGGAUAUUUGCACAUAGAAGCAUUACGAGACUUCAGCCUCACCACUAGCCAGGAAGCCAACACUGCAGCCCUGCUAUCAGUAGCAUGGAAUGUUACACACCCCAGGCAAACCGCCGCCACAACCCUGUGGAUAGCAUCUGCCGCAAACUGCAGAGCAUUCAGUGGCGUGGUGACAGAGAGCCCAAUUCACCUUUCCAGAUUCCCAAGUUUUCCUCAAGUAGUUACGACAGCCCUCAGUGUGGCCUCAGGAACAACUUGGAAGCCAUCCUGAAGAGAGGGGCCCUCAACAGAGAUGAGGGGGAGAUGGGGAGGGAGAGGGGGAAUGAGAAGAAGGGCAAAGGGAUGGCAAUGCCACGCUCUUCAGCUUCUCAGAGCAGCCUUUCUCCCUCUAUCCCACUGCCAACCCUGUCCACCCCUACAUGCAACUACUCUACACCAGCUAACGUCACAUACACCAUCACUAGCACUUUUGGAGAGAGAAGAGGUGCUGAUGGGAGUGAUUUAAGGCAAGUUAAGACAUGGCAAAGGAAUUGUUCGACACCUGCAGGUGGGUCCAAGGACUCUCCUUUAUUUACAUUCACACAAGGACCUCAGUCAGUCCAGCCUGAGAGUGAGAGGCCAAGCAGGAGCCUUCCUCUGUCUCAGACCUUUACCCCAAGUCACACCACUCUCUUCUACAACUUCAACUUCCAGUCUGUGGACACAACAAACUCCACAGAGUGUGAACUGCCCUCCCCAGCUCUGGUUGUGAAAAGACUGGCCGUGGGAGAUGGAGGUACCUCAAUGGCCUUUGAAAACAAGCAAAAUAUGGCAGAAAUCAGUCUCAUCUGUGAGGAGAAUCUGCUUGAUACCAUCUUCCAUGCUUGUGACACCCAACGUCGAGGUAAAGUGUACGUGUCUCACAUUGUGGACUAUCUGCGACAUACCACAAGUCGCAGUUCAGAAGACAGUGGAUUGGAGGAGCUUUGCAACAUGCUUGAUCCAGAACGCAAAGAUGUCUCAAUUGAUUUAGACACAUACCAUGCUGUCAUGAGGGAAUGGAUUGAUGACUGCCGCAACAAUGGGAAAGAGACAGAGGAUGAUGUCACUCAUGACUCUGUCAAACUCAGAGACAGCCUGUCUGCCAAGAGGUCCAUGCAGCUCAAUAUGACCUCAGGAAGCUUGGAAGCCUUUGGCGGGGAGGUAUCCAGAGCAGAAUUUGAGACAUCAGAGCUGGUGUAUUGUGUUGCUGACCUCCAGAUGAGCAACCAAAAGCUCCAAGAGGAGGUGAAGAAGUUCAAGCAGGUGGUGGAGGCUAUGGAGGACAGCAACCAGAAAUUGGCAGAGGAAAAUGAGCAGUUACGCAACCAGGCCAGGGUUAACCAGCAGCUGGCCCAGAAGGAGAAGAUGCUAAAGGAGGAAGUGGAGGAGAUGAAAGCUACUCUGAGCUGCACAGAGGAAGGCAGAGCUUACGCAUCUGCACACAGCAAACAUGUGGUCAGUCAAGAUCAGGCAGCACAUAGAGGAUCUAUAAAAACUCAUUCUGCUUCCCCUGGAGUUGACCGUUUGUCCACUACUAUGAGCUUUGCCACUCUGCUGGAUGAGACACUGGACAGGGAGGUGUUGCUGAUGCUGCAGGGUCCCAGCCCUGAACGCAUGGCUCUGGAGUUCAGAUGCCUCCUAAACAAACUGAAAAGUGAUUUCGGCGAAGAAACUGCCUUUGUAUUGUCUACAGUUAAAGACUACCAUGCACAGCCAGGGGGCAACAUGGACACCAGUCUUCAGACGGUGCAGGACAAGCUGGAGACAAGAAGGGCAGAGUGGGCCCUCAUCCUGGACCAGCUGGCCCAGUACACUGAUUCUCUGGAGAAGGAAUUGAUCAAAAUAGCCAGCAACAUGAGACGGUCCCGCACAGAGAUCCUUCACCUUUCAGUCAAGGUGCAGGAACAGGAGAACCAGAAUCGGCAGUUGUGUGAGGAGCUGGACCAGCUAAAGACACCUCAGCACAGCAGAGAGGCUUCAUGCCAGACACCUGCGCCAGAGGAAGAGCCUGGAGAUGACUUGGACUGGGAUGAGGAGUUGGCCGUCCAAGACUUCCUAAAGGACAAGCUAGCAGAGAAGAUUUGUUGGGUGCAGGACAGGCAAACAGAGAGCAAGCCUGAGGAGACAGCAAAUAGAUUGAUAGACACAGGUGAAGAGGAUGACGGGGAGGAGAACUGGACAGUGGCGGACACAGCAGGAGAGGGACAGGUCAGGGACACGUCGACUCCUCUGUCUCCUCUCUUUGGGCAGGCUGAGCCUGGGCAGGAGCGUACAGUGGAAGAGGGUCACGACUAUGCAGCCCACACUGAGUCAAAGCCACAGGUGAACUGUCAACCUUUGCAGGAAGAGGCAGCAGUGCCUUUGAGCGCCCACUCACAGGCUGUUAGCAUAAGAUGCCCAGAACCAGAGAAAAACAAUGCAGAGACAUGUGAAACUACAUCAUCUCACUGCAGUGGUCCAACCCAAAAUAUGAGCACCUCACCUGAACAGUACCAAACUAUUGCACCUAACAACCUUCUGAUGACAGCAGAGAGAGUUUCUCCUGACAGCACUUCACAUGGACCAGAUGAGGCUAUUUUCCAGAGUGAGAGCACCCUGCUGACCAGCGAGGACUACAGGGGAGCAGAACAGAAAGAAGUCCAGGUGGAAACGAGCCCAGCAGAUAUGAGCCGUGCUAAGAGCCUGAGCCAGAACCAGUCAACAGACAAAUCAACAGCAGAGGACUGCAUAAGACUGCUACCUGUGUUGGUGGAAGAGGAGGAGAGUGUUCAGGACAGUACAGCUGAGGCACCACCUGAAGCUGCCAUCAUGCCAGGGACAGACCAGCUCAACAGCAGCAGAGCAACCACCUUCUCAAAUAGCAGCUUGCCUCCAUCAGGAUCAUCUUUCACACACAAUAGCCAAUCAAGGAGUGGCACGAGCAGCGUGACCUCUGACCCCACCCAGUUGGAGGAUAGAGACAAAAAGGACCCCCUCCUCCUCGGCAAAAAUAAGAGGGAACUGGGAUCAGAGGUUAAAAGAGAGCAGGAGGGAGAGGAACAACAGAGAGAAGCGAUAAAGUUUAUCCGGACCCUGCAGGAGCUGUCGCACACCAUGGUGGCCAUCCAGGAGCAUAAGGUUCAGGACCCAAGAGAGACCAACGUGACUGCUGAUAAGGAAUCUGAGAUAUCAAUGGUCUCUGGCACCAGUGACACCUUUAAAGAAGACGGCAAUAGUCUGUCACCUAGUGACAAGGAGAUUGAGGCAGAGUUCCAGCGUCUGGCACUGGGCUUCAAGUGCGACAUGUUCACCCUGGAGAAGAGACUCAGGCUGGAGGAGAGAUCACGUGACCUGGCUGAAGAGAACAUCCGCAGGGAGGUUUCCAGCUGCCAAGGCUUACUGCAGGCUCUGAUUCCCCUGUGUGAGGAUGAUAACCAGUCCAUGGAGAUCAUCCAGAGGCUCCAGAAGAACCUGGAUAUCCUUAUCCAGUCAAUGACCAGGGUAUCCAGUCGCUCUGAGAUGCUAGGAGCUAUUCAUCAGGAGAAUCGUAUUGGUAAAGCAGUGGAGGUGAUGAUCCAGCAUGUAGAGAACCUGAAGAGGAUGUACACCAAGGAGCAUGCUGAGCUGCUAGAGCUGAGAGAGACACUCAUGCAGAAUGAGAGGUCGUUUGGAUCACAAACUGAAAGAGAUGACUUCCGUGGUAAGAAGCAGUUAUCAUCACAGUACUGCAAGUCAUCAGUCCGGCGGGUUAGCAUAGCAGCAAUCCCUCGCUCUGGUGGAAGCAGCAUGCACUUUGAGAUGUCCAAAACACAUGAUGGCUCAGAGGCUGAAACAGAGAGGCUGACCAAGCGAUCCCCAUGGAGUGUGGCAGGGAAGAGCAUGGCACGCCCCCCACUAAAACGCUUUAUUAGCUCUGCAGCCUGGGUUGACACUGACGAGCCCUCUCUCAUGAUGAAGGGUGCCCACAGGAUGGCCUGUGACAGCACUGACUGCCAGUCGGAGGACAAGCAGGACGAGCCAGUGGCAGAGAGGAGGAGGUCCAGUCUAAGUGAGCUGGGCAACAAACUCACCUCCUUCAUUCUGCCCCUCAAGACGAGUCAUGAAGAACUCUUUGUAGUGCUCCCGAGCCCCUCCUCCAGCCCUGUUCCUAUAGACCCUGGAAUGGCCCAAUCUGGGUCCCACAGCCUGACCUCCUCUCGGGCGUGCCACAGCAGCGGUAGCGGCAGGGGACUCUGGCUUUGGGUGGCCAUGGUGGUGGUGCUGGCAGGUCUCCUGGCACUGCUGGCGAGCCUGGUGAUGCAGCCAGCAGUAGACGCUGCCCAUGUGGGAACUGGGGAUUCAUGGAUGACCAUACAGCAGCUGCUGUGGCCCUACACAGGCCUACGGCACCACGGACAGCCGCCUGUUUAGCCCCUGAGACCCAGGGUGGAUAGUACUUAUUGCCCAGCCUUCUGCAGGUUGUCUGUGUACUGGGGUGCUGAAGAAAAAGGUGUAUACCACCAAGACUUUUUUGACAACACAGGGCAGGCCUCAGGGGCUAGUUAACCCUGUGGAAGAUUUUAUGCAUCAUUUCAUGUUUGCUAAACAAGUUAGUCUGUAUGUGUGCGUGUGUCUGUGUUUUAGGAGAAGAAACUUUUGCAGGCAAUGGCAGCUAGUGUUGUUUUUGGUGGGCUGUUCCGCAUCCUUAACUUGUUAUAAUACAUGACAUGUCUACAUGAACCCAAAACAAUGUUAGGUCAGGUAUCAGAGCUGGCACAACACUGGUCAGUCUUGUCACAGCUUAAUCAGAAUGAUAGCACUGAUCCCCAAGUUAUACAGUGGGCUGCAAUAUACUUUACCUUUGACAAACAUCAUGGAUGAUGUCUCACAUUGUGCCUCAGGGCUUUUUAAAUAUUAGGGUACAGGGAACUGCCAGCCUUUUUAUUAGAAUUUUCCAUAUUUCACUGGUUUCAGAGGACAUUUUAUAACUUAAAUGUGUAAAGACUGGUAAUAAAACUUUCAGUGUUUUUUUUAAUUUAUAUUUGAGUUUAUUAGACAAGUGGGGAAAUGUGAAUGUUUCAGUUAUAAUUCUACAGUUGUUUUUAACACCAAAGGGUUUAUUUUCCAUUUUAAGUUAUUGCUGUGAUUCACCAACUUCAAACACAUUUGUAUGUUCCAAAGAUGCAUGAAACUUUGCACAAAAUAAAGUAACUAGUUCUACAUUAGAAGAUGUAUGUUAUUAUGUGCAUCCAAAUGUACA